UGGGUAGGGCUGCUGCCCAUAGCGAAUAAUGAACCUUCUCUCUCUCAUAACUUUGUCGUACAAUAGCCCAAAGUCUUAAGAGAAGAUUUCUCUCUCUUCUCUCUCUUCUACCCAGAACACCUGCGUAGAGAGGAGUUGCGAGCAUCUGCUCCCAAUCACCGCAACCACCGCCUCUGUUGGUGUAACAGCACUCUAUUCCUACACUACCCUUAUUUAGGUUUUAUCUCUCCCUCUCUCUCUCUGCAAAAUUUCAUGGCCUGCUUUCUCCUCUCAAACCCUAGCCUUUCCUCUCCUUUCCUCACCAAAAAACUUUCUAUUAUUGCCAAUUCAAAGAGCCCAUCUACAGUGCGUGUUUUGAGUUUUAGGAGCCCUAGAUGCGCUGGGGAUUCACGUUAUGAAGGCAAUACUCCAACAUUCCCUCGAAUAAAUGUUCAGGACCCAUACAGACGGCUUGGUGUAAGCAGAGAUGCUUCUGAAAAAGAAAUUUGGAGUUCCCGGAACUUUCUUUUAGCUCAAUAUGCUCCGCAUGAAAGAAGUGCAGAAUCAAUAGAGUUGGCUUUUGAAAAGUUACUGAUGGAUAGUUUCGUACGCACGAAGAAAAGAAAAAUCAACUUGAAAAGCAUGUUAAAAAAGCAAGUACAGGAGUCUCCACCUUGGUUCAAGAACUUGCUCGGAUUUGUGGAAGUUCCUCCUACCGUGAUUAUUCUUAGAAGAUUGUUCCUCUUUGCAUUCAUCGCUGGCUGGAGUAUCAUGAAUUCUGCCGAAACUGGACCCGCUUUCCAGGUGGCCAUUUCUUUGGGAGCUUGCAUAUACUUCCUCAAUGGAAAGAAAAAGAGCCUAGCUAAAGCUUCCAUGAUCGGAUUAGGAUUGCUUGUGGCUGGUUGGAUUUGUGGUUCUUUCCUAGUUCCUGCAAUCCCUGCGGCGCUGUUACAUCCAAGUUGGACACUUGAACUUCUAACAUCUCUGGUGGCUUAUGUAUUUCUGUUUCUUGGCUGUACCUUUCUUAAGUGAGAGCAGCCAUGUCGUCUACCUUUUGUUUCUUCUUUCUGCAACAAAGUUGAAACUGGAUAAACUUUAUGCCAUUUCCAUUUGGCUGGGAUUGUUUUCUUCCAUUUCCUCCUCGUUCUUUUGUUGUGUCAUGGUGAGAGUAUAGCUACAUGGUUUUUGACUAUUGUACCCUUAAUAUAUGUCGAAAUAAGCUACUACUAGUAAGCAAUGAAAUGCUUAAUCGUAUAUCUUUUGUUCU